GCUCGUAUCACCCUCCUUUCCUCAGUGGCUCUGCAUGGACCACGACUCCGUCUCUCCUCUCUUUCGUAUCCCUCUCAGCCUUAGUGUUUAACUUUGCCUGUGUUUUUGUUUCCCUUUUCUUCCUGAUCAGCUGUUUGCUCUAAGUCACCUCAGCAUUUUUCUGGACUAUGGUGCCUAACUGGUUGAAGUGGCUGUGGUACCACAGAAACUACAUCAUCAUCAUCGUCACUCCGCUGGCCCUUCUUCCUCUGCCUCUCAUCGUCCCAACACCGGAGGCGAAAUGUGGCUUCGUCAUCAUCCUCAUGGCUCUGUACUGGUGCACGGAGUGCAUGCCCCUGGCUGUGACUGCUCUGCUGCCGGUGGUCCUCUUCCCUAUGAUGGGCAUCAUGAAGGCUGGACCGGUCAGCGUUGAGUACCUAAAGGACUCCAACAUGCUGUUUAUAGGCGGCCUGCUGGUGGCCAUCGCCGUGGAGCACUGGAACCUCCACAAGCGCAUCGCUCUCGGAGUUCUGCUGCUGGUCGGCGUCCGCCCGUCUCUGUUGAUGAUAGGCUUCAUGAUCGUCUCGUCCUUCCUCUCCAUGUGGAUCAGCAACACGGCCACCACGGCCAUGAUGCUGCCCAUCGCCCACGCCGUGCUGCACCAGCUGAAGGCCACCGAGGCCCGGUCCGAGGAGCACGAGGAGCAGGAGGCCCACGACAACCCCGCCUUCGAGCUGGAGUCACACCAGACGAAACUCGAGAUGCUCAACGAGAAGCAGCCCCUGCCGGAUGCCAAGGCGCAGCCGGGGGACAGGUCGCAUGAGCAGCAGAAGCAGCAGGAGAUGAUGCAGGAGUCCAGGAGGAGAGCGCUGGAGGAGAAGUACGACCUCCUGACCAAAGGGAUGAGUCUGAGCGUGUGCUACUCCGCCAGCAUCGGAGGCACGGCCACGCUCACCGGAACCACGCCUAACCUGAUCCUGAAGGGCCAAAUGGACGACCUCUUCCCUCACAAUGGCGACGUGAUCAACUUUGCCAGCUGGUUCGGCUUCGCUUUCCCCAACAUGGUGCUCAUGCUGGUGUUCUCCUGGUUUUGGCUCCAGCUGAUGUUCCUCGGCCUCAACUUCAAGCAGACGUUCGGCUGCGGCGUAAAGAGCGACAGAGACAAGGAGGCGUACGCGGUGAUGAAGGAGGAGUACAGGAAGCUGGGCAGGAUGAAGUUCGCCGAGGGGGCGGUGCUGGUCAUCUUUGUCCUGCUGGUGAUCCUGUGGUUCACCCGGGCGCCGGGCUUCAUCGACGGCUGGGCCACGGUGCUGUUCAAUAAGGAGGGAGAGUUCGUGACGGACGGGACCGUGUCCGUCUUUAUGGCCAUGUUCUUCUUCGUGGUCCCCUCCCAGCUGCCCACGUGUCGAGGCUACGGACAAGACGAAGAAGGGAAGACAAAGAAUGUCCUGCCCACUCUCCUGAGCUGGUCGGUGGUUCAGGAUCGCAUGCCCUGGAACAUCAUCCUGCUGCUGGGAGGCGGCUUCGCCCUGGCCGCCGGCUCGGAGGAGUCCGGCCUGUCCAAGUGGUUGGGCUCGAGUCUGGAGCCUCUGCAGCAGAUUCCACCCUUCGCCAUCUCCAUGGUGCUCUGUCUGCUGGUGGCCACGUUCACCGAGUGCUCCAGCAACACCGCCACCACCACCCUGUUCCUGCCCAUCCUGGCCUCAAUGGCCACGGCCAUUAAGCUCCACCCGCUGUAUGUGAUGCUGCCCUGCACCAUCGCUGCCUCCCUGGCCUUCAUGCUGCCUGUGGCCACGCCGCCCAACGCCAUCGCCUUCUCCUACGGAAACCUCAGAGUCGUCGACAUGGUGAAAACAGGCUUCAUUCUCAACAUCAUAGGGAUCCUGUGCAUCAAUCUGGGCAUCAACACCUGGGGAUACGCCAUGUUUGACAUGGGAACCUUCCCUGCGUGGGCCAAUGCCACCCAACCCUGAGCAAGGGAAACCUGCGGUAGAACCUUUAAUGUUUAAUGAACUCUAGAAUAAAAAGUAAUGUUCAGCUAAGAGCAGGAAUAACAAUGUGCACCAACACAUAUGACAAACUUUUACCAAACUAAACGUAGAGAUGAACGUAUCUGUUGUGUCACUUAACACUUCAUGCAUCAGCGUGUAAGUAAAAACAUUCCAACGUUGUGAAUAUUCAGAGAUGUUCCGUUUACAGAAGCUGUGAAUUGAAUUAAUUGUAUCAGUUAAUUUAACUUAUUACUGUGGUCCUUUUGUUGGACCUUAAGUCUUUGUUGUAUUAUUUUCAUUCAUGCUUUUUUAUUCACGAGCAACAAGUAUCUUUUUAUUUUCUUAUUUGAAGUUUUAGAUGAAAGCUACGGAUAAAACCUUUUAAAGGAAGAGUUUAACAUUUCUGUGACUGUGAUCCUGUUAGCUGAGCUUAACAUGAGCGUAACCAAUUCACUUUCAUCUGUCGAAAGAAAAUCCAGCUAACAAAACGUGCGAAGCACAGUAAUAAACACCUCAUAUCCUGCUGCUCUAAGCAGCAGCCUUCCAAAGUGACGCUAUCAGCAAAUAACCCACCAACACUUUAUUACUUUUACAGACUUUGUAGAGAUCUGAUAACAAGAUAUGAAAUGUUCAUUUAUGAACCAAACCUCAGCUUUACAGUGAAUAUGAAGAUGUGACACUUCUUUCCUAAAGUGCUGAACGUUCAUUUAACUUCACUUCAAUAAAGGCAGGCGGUUACUGAAACAUGCCCUUAAGCAGCGAAUAGCAGGAAGUUAUUAUUAAUAUCAUGUAAGUGAGCACAGAUGAAAAAGUUGGUUGAAGGAUAACUUUGAGAUAAGAGGUCCACAGGUAUAAUCAAGGUAGAGGUCGGUUCCAGGGUUUUUAUUAGUGCUGAGGAAGACAGAACGUCCUGCAGAGCAAUGUGUUUUCAAGCACAUUGGAUUUUUAGUCUUUUCUAUUCAGAAAAGUGUGAAAGUUCACUGAACACAAUAAAAGCAAAAAAGUUGAAAAA